GGUAGGCUUGGCACAGCUUUGCGCAUUUCAUUCUUGGGGUGCGCUGACUGUGUCUUUCAUUAUUUUCUUUUUCAAUCAGCUUGUUUACGCAAGGGGAGGUUUUAGUUGGCCGGGACACCUACGGGAAGUAUCAGUUGUAGAGCCACAACGAAAGGAGGUGGGUUGGAUUUGAAGAAACAGUUUGUGUUGCACAGUAAAAAUUGGAUGGGACAUAAGUAAAGCAAGAUUGUACCCACUUUGAAGAAGUUUUGAUCCAAAAGAUGCUUAAGCGUUUUACAUUGGGAGGCACUGGAGGACAACCACGUUACAUAACUUUGCAUGCUACAGCUUCAGUCUUGUGGGAAAAAAUACAACAACCUUCCCUUGCCACUUUGGGGGAUCAACAGUAAAUGUAAAACGGAUUUUACCCAAUUUUUUUUAUUAAUUUGAUAACAAUAAAAAUGAACAUACUAUCUUCACUUAUCAGAUUUGAAAAUCUUCAAGAACUGAAGAGAUUGUGCCAUUGGGGACCAGUUAUAGCCCUUACGGUUAUAGCAAUAUGCUCAACUAUGGCGAUUCUAGACUCUAUCCUUUGGUACUGGCCUUUGGACACCACUGGGGGAAGCAUUAAUUUUAUUAUAUUGAUAAACUGGACUGUUCUUAUUCUUUACAACUACUUCAAUGCAAUGUUUGUUGGUCCUGGGUACAUUCCUCUGGGGUGGAAACCGGAAAGCUCAAAGGACUGUUUGUGCCUGCAGUACUGUAGAGUGUGCCAGGGAUUCAAGGCACCACGAUCACACCACUGCCGCAAGUGUAACAGGUGUGUAAUGAAGAUGGACCACCACUGCCCAUGGAUCAACAACUGCUGUGGCCACCAGAACCAUGCUUACUUCACCAGCUUUCUGAUUUUGGCCCCCCUUGGCUGCAUCCAUGCUGCUGUUAUUUUCAUUAUGACUAUGUACACGCAGCUUUAUGACCGGAUAUCUUUUGGGUGGAGCUCUGUAAAGAUCGAUAUCGGCGCUGUUAAAAGAGAUCAACGCCCCAUUAUUCCCUUUGGGGUUUCUGCUUUUGCCAUGUCUCUGUUUGCCUUAGGGUUGGCACUUGGCACAACCAUAGCAGUUGGAAUGCUGUUUUUCAUUCAGAUGAAAGUGAUCUUAAGAAACAGAACUUCAAUUGAAGUCUGGAUUGAGGAAAAGGCCAAAGAUAGAAUACAAUAUUACCAAAUAGGAGAAGAAUUUAUUUUUCCGUACGACCUGGGAAGUAAAUGGGAAAACUUUAAGCAGGUGUUUACCUGGUCUGGGAUUCCAGAGGGAGAUGGCAUAGAGUGGCCUGUUCAAGAAAAAUGUGACCAGUACACUUUAACGAUUGAGCAGAUGAAGCAGAAAGCUGAUAAAAGAAUUAGAAGUGUACAGUACCGUGUAAUAGAGGAUUACAGUGGUGCUUGUUGCCCUCUAAACAAAGGUGUGAAAACGUUCUUUACAACACCCUGCACCGAAGAGCCUAGAAUCAAACUGCGCAAAGGAGAGGUGAUCUUUGCCACCAGGGGCCUAAAGAGGUGGAUGUAUGGAGACAAAGCACUUGAUGACGAACAAGUAAAAGCUGGAGUUCGUGUUAGAGGCUGGUUCCCAAGAAGAUGUGUUGAAAAAUGCCUUUAUGACACAGUCAACAAUCUACCAGUGAAUGAAGAGAAAAAAGAUAGAUAAUUGUUUUUUUUUUUUUUUUUUUUUUUUUUUUUUUUUUUUUAAAUAUCCGGGUAUUGGUCAUUGGGUGCUUUUGACAAUUGUUCUUUCAACAGAACAACCCCUUACUUGAACCUGCUUUUCUUCUUUUUUUAAAUAUUGUUUUGGAAUUAUGCAAUUUGUAAAAGCAGUGUUUUCGCAUGCAUCUCAGUGUAUCCUUUGUACUGUGCAAAUACAUUUUUUAAAAUUAUAUUUUGUAGCACAACCCUACGUAUUAUGCCUUCAGAUUUAAACAAAUAAAUGAUAUUGCACCCAAGUUAUUAAUUUUUUU